AUGCGCUUCACAUACGUUCUGCUUUUGGCCCUUCUCGGCUGUUUCCUGCUCGGCCAGGUGGGCUGCGAUACUUCCUCGAGCACUGAGAGCUCCACUUCAAGCUCGGACACAUCCACCUCCACCGACUCCUCUGCUUCAUCAUCUUCUGAUACCGCGACGUCCGCUUCUUCUUCUUCCGACGAGUCCAGCACAACGACCACUGCUGCCACGACCACUACCACGACCAAAACCUCGUCCUCGUCCUCCAAAGCAGCUGCCCGGCGUCGCAGGGCCGCCGCCCGUCGCCGCCGCUUGGCCCGCCAACGUCGCAAGCGUCAACAGCGCCAAAGGCGACGUCAACAACAGCGUAGGAGACGCCAACAACAAAGACGGCGACAGAACCGCCGGGGAUAG